CACAGCAAUAAAACUUUCCUUUCUUUACUCCUAUUCUCAACGCAUACGACCCAUCACUCAUUGUCAGAAGUUGCAUCUUUUAAAUGCGUGAAGAACUUAUUACUUCGGCUGUUUCAUUUCUAUCUGAUCCUAAAGUUCAGUCUGCUCCCUUAGCCAAAAAGGUGUCCUUUUUGGAGUCAAAGGGAAUGACAUCGGAAGAAAUAGAAGAGGCCAUGUCUCGAUCCAAUGGAAAAACAUUGCCAACCUCUACUGCAACCACAGUAACAACAAGUACAGUGCCUACUGGCACCGUUGCUCAAUAUCAACCGGGUAUGGCUGUGCAGCAUAUGGCUGCACCAAUCGUUCCACCAAGACCAGCAUAUGAUUGGAGAGAUAUAUUUAUUGCUGCUGUUCUGGCAGGUGGUGUAGGAUACGGUGUUUGGACUUUAGCAAAGCGACUCUUCGGUCCUUGGUUUAAGGUACCUACUCAAAAAGAACUAGAGGAAGACAAGGAAAAGUUAGAUGCACAAUUUGAAGCGGUUGAGAAUUCUUUGAAGGAUAUCAAAGACCAAACAAAUACAGCCUUAACAACAGUGUCAUCGCAGUCAAAGAAAGUUGAUGAUUCACUUGCCAGUCUCGAAAGUGUUAUAAAGGAGCUUAAGGAAGGCGAAUCACAGAGAGAUGAAGAAUUCAAAAGUAUAAAAACUCAAAUCGAUGCUUUGAAGGAACUAGUGCCCAAGUCUCUAGACCGUAAUAAAGAAGCACAAAAUGCAGCCCUUCUUGAUCUUCAAAAUGAAAUGAAAUCUCUCAAAUCAUUAUUAGUCAACCGCCGUGCACCCUCCACCGUCCUUGAUCAGGUAUCAAGCGCACCUUCUACACCUACCACAAUAGGCAGUACUGCAACGACUGCUAUGACUAGCCCUUCUCCCACUGAUGGAUUAUCAUCUCGUCUAUCUGCUACCCUUAACGCCAGUGGCGUCCGUGCUGGCAUUCCGGCUUGGCAAAUGACCUCCUCUUCAUCAAAUACCAAUGCUUCUAACUCAAAUAGUACAGCUACUACGCCCGCCGCCUCGAAUACCACAGCUACAGAAAACAAAGAAUCCUCUGAAUCCUCUUCUGCUUCCACCUCAAAGUAAUUUAUAUAGAUUAUCGAAACUUAGUCUCUCCAACGAGCACAUUGUUUUAAGGAUCUGAUCUCUGAAUACUCCUAUGUAAGCCUUUCUAUUCGACUUGUAACCGUAACAGUACGCUCUUUUCAGUAAAGACAACCUUGUUAAAGAUGUGGAGAAGGUGGAGAAUAAUAAAAUAUAGAUUAUAGCCAUUAAGAAUAGCUUUGCAAACAGACGGGAAUAGUUUACAAUGUGCUGUCGUUAAGUCAUUCUUUAAGAAAAAUAACCACAGUU